UUAUACAGUUUCUUGGCAGCUCACGUCGGGCUUUGGCUCUUUCUGGCUCCGCUCGCAGUUUCAGAGAAAACAAUCCAUCAUCUUAUUACAAGAUUCAAUAAACCCUUUUUCAGAACCCUAAAUUCAAAACCCAACUUACAUAUAACAGUAUCGAACCUCUCUCCAAUUCGAUGCUAAUACGAAGGUUUUGUGCCUCUAUCCCCCAUUUCAAUCUCAGCCCAGUUUCUCUUACCAAAAAACCCGCCAACCAUCUCGUCGUCUUCAACAAUUUCACUCCACGAACACCAAAUUCUCAAACCCCCAAGUCAAUUUCUAGUAUGGGCGAAUCCCGGAGACCUGCAGCCGUCCCAAUUCCGGCAGUGGAAACCGCCGACCGAAUGGAGUUGUACCGCGCUCUGGAAACAUCGGUGGGUUCAUCGUUCAGUUUAGAGCCAUUAGCUCCUAAGCCAAGACCUUUGAUCGUAGUAAUCAGUGGGCCUAGUGGUGUGGGGAAAGACUGUUUGAUCAAAAGACUGAGAGAAGUUCGAGAAAACAUCCACUUUGUUGUCACAGCAACAAGUAGGUCAAUGAGAGCAGGUGAAGUUAAUGGAAAAGAUUACUUUUUUGUAAGUAAAGAAGAGUUCUUAACAAUGGUAGAAAACGAUGAGCUUUUAGAGUAUGCAUUAGUGUAUGGGGAUUACAAAGGUAUACCAAAACAGCAGAUUAGGGAUUACAUGGCAAAAGGGCAUGACAUUAUAUUGAGAGUAGACAUACAGGGAGCUGCUACUUUAAGAAAGAUUCUUGGAGAUUCUGCUGUGUUCUUGUUUCUUGUGGCUGAAAGCGAGAGUGAGUUGGUGAUGAGGUUGAUUGACAGGAAGACAGAGAGUAAGGAAGCAUUGCUGGUGAGGGUUGCUACAGCUAAAGAAGAGUUGAAGCAGAUGAAGAAUUUUGAUUAUGUGGUUGUGAAUGCUGAAGGGAAGUUAGAGAAUUGUGUUAAAAUGGUGGAAUCCAUCAUGGAUGCAGAGAAAGCUAAAGUGUGGCAAAAGAGAGCAAUGAUUUAGGCACAAAUACAAUGGCAAUGUAUGUUUUUUACUUCUUUUAUUCUCUAAAAUGGUUUCUGGUUGAAUAGUGAAGUGGAUGCUUGUUUUAAGAGCCAUUGUUAUUGGUCAUUUUAGUUUUGAUCCAUAUUCUACCCAUAAAAACAUAUAAUCCAAAAGCUUGUUUUAGUGAGUUUUUGAUUGGAUUUUAUGCAUUAUACACUCAAAUUAGUAAA